AAUAAACCUGAGCUCUCCGUGUAAAGCGUUAACAACCAUCCCGACGUUUCACGGCGAAUGAUUAUUAGUGGUUCAUUCAUUUGACUUCGUACUUCCUAGUUGACCGCUAAAUUAUUUUAACACUCGCCUUAUCAUUGGCAUACCACAAACUUGGUCGAGGUCCCGAAGUAUUAAUAUAACUAAUAGUCUUAACAGGAAAUUUGAGCAGAUUCAGUAUACACAACCUACCUCAUUUAUCUACCAUUUACGAUGGAUGAAGUUGUACCAGGAGUUUGGAUCGGAGAUCUGCAGAGCGCUUUGGAUGUCAAGGGGUUGAAGGAGAGAAACAUCUUCAGCGUUUUAACAGCGAUGCGGGGCAAAGUUACCAUUCAUGCGAUAUUUAACAGAUACCAAGUCAACGUUGACGAUAGUGCAAAUGAAGAUGUCCUCGUGCACUUUUUACCAUCAAUAUCAUUUAUCCAGAACGAGCUCGACAAGGGUCGUGGUGUACUCGUGCACUGCAUGGCUGGAAUCAGCAGAAGCGCAACGAUUGUCGCAGCGUACCUCAUGUACUCGUUGAAGCUCGACCCAGAAAGCGCUGUAGACAUGAUAAGGACAGUAAGGUCCAUCGCUGAGCCAAAUGAAGGAUUUAUGGAACAACUUAAGGUGUUUCACCAAUCGUCAUACAAGUUCACGCGGCGUGAUAAGGCAACCCGUAUGUUUUACCUGGAACGGACGAUGGAGGAAAUUAUGAAUGGAGAUGGGACGAUUCCAGACAAUGCAAUGUUCGCCAAGCAUCCACGAACACCAUCUGAUUCUGUACCCAACACACCGAUGAUCGUACCAAGCCGUCGAAUACGAUGCAAGAUGUGCAGGCAAGAACUAGCGACGCGCGAGCACAUGCUCGAUCAUGGGCAACUAGGCCCACCAACGCCCGCUCUGCCCUCGCUAUCGCCUGCCACGUCGAGGCGCCCGUCUGCAAACGACCGCGGCACGUCCUCGCGGCGACCGUCCAUGAGCCUCGGCGCGCGGGCGCUGAUGGAAUCGCUUUCGAUGUCAUCACUCUCAAUAGUUGACGUGAAGUCCUCGCGAUCAUCCUCAAUGUCAAUGGAAGGCCUCGGAAAGGACUUAUCGGACGCACUCGAUGCAUCUGUCGCCACCAAUGACGGCCCAUCAACAGGGACGACCACGCAAUCCGAGACGGUGCGUGUGCUGUCGCCUGUACAUGAGAGCCAGGAUACAUCGAAGACCGGUGGGCCGCUGCAGCCUCCACUGCACUCUCAUCCGAAACUCGCGGCGCUGCGCAUGCCUCCGUCGUUGAGUAUGACAGGGAUAAGAUCGUCGAUCAGUCCACCGAUCCUCAUGAAUCCCAAGUGUUCUGGGUAUUUUGUCGAACCAAUGAAAUGGAUGGAACCUUUUUUGGAGAGUGGCCAAUUAGCAGGGAAGAUUAUUUGCCCGAAGUGCAGUGCCAAGCUCGGCAACUAUGACUGGGCUGGCGUAUGCUGUAGCUGCAACAGUGAAUGGGUAACGCCAGGUUUUUGCAUACACCGAUCUAAAGUCGAUGAAGUAGUAAUGGGUUGAGCAGCGACGGAUCAAAUAUAACUUACUAUGUACUAGAUUUGAUUGUUUGAACUUACUCAGUAGAUGGCGAAUCGAAUGGAAUUGAGCAAAGGAG